CAUCAUGCGACGCGGCGUGCGAGCUCACGAAGGACGCCUGGGAUAAAAUUGGCAUGAAAUGAAACGGAGAAAGCUCUUGUAGGAAUGAUGGCGGUGUCUUGUUUGGCUCGAGCCCUGCGCUCCCUUUCCGUCUCCCAGCCUGUUCUGUUGUCGUCUCAGGUCCAAUUGCGUGUUGGGGCGUGUGCUCCAGUGUUAUUGCAACUGGGUCCAUCCAGGGCAGCGCCAUGCCGUGGCUUCCUCACCACAGCAUCUCUGGAGCAGAACAGAACUUGGUGGAAGCAGAGGGAGAAGUAUUCAGUCAGACCAAUGGGGAUGAAAAAGACAGGAGGAAGAGAUCACACAGGUAAAAUCAGAGUACAUGGUAUCGGCGGCGGUCACAAACAAAAGUAUCGCUGGAUUGACUUCCAGCGUCUGCGCUAUGAGGAAAAUGGAGAAGGGCAGCCAUUUGAUGAGAAAGUUGUUUACGUGCGAUAUGAUCCGUGCAGGUCAGCUGACAUCGCCCUGGUGGUUGGAGGUAACCGCAAAAGAUGGAUCAUCGCUACAGAGAACAUGCAGGCUGGAGACAUCAUUAAAACAUCGCCCGUCAUUGGACGCAUGGCAGUGUCAGCAAAUGAGGGUGAUGCCUACCCACUGGGAGCACUUCCUAUGGGCACCCUGGUCAACAAUCUGGAGGUACAACCUGGGAAAGGGUCAGAGUAUAUUCGGGCUGCAGGAACAAGUGGUGUUCUCCUCCGUAAAGUAAAUGGAACAGCCAUUGUUCAGCUUCCUUCAAAGCAGCAGGUUCAGGUACUGGAGACCUGCAUGGUAACAGUGGGCCGUGUGUCCAACGUGGACCACAACAAGAGGAUCAUCGGCAAAGCGGGCCGCAAUCGCUGGCUGGGCAUUCGGCCGUCGAGCGGGCUGUGGCAGAGGAAGGGAGGCUGGGCAGGACGCAAGAUUAAACCGUUGCCUCCGAUGAAGAGUUACGUCAACUUGCCCUCGAUCUCUGCUAACUGAAUAUGACACAUGCUUCAAAUAAAGGAAUGCUUGUUUGUACAGAAGAUUAAAAAUUUUAUUUAAGACAACUGCUUGUGAGAGCAUGGAAAGAAAGAAAAAAACAAUAUAAAAAUCCAAAACAUAUUUACAACUAUAGUAAAACAUGCGGCGUAACCCAUAUUUUUUUUUUAGUGGUAAAUUUAAAAAUACUGUCACGUUCUUUAAAAUAGGGUUUGUGCAAAGACACUGGGUGGCAUCUGAAGCGACUGGACCAAUGAGAUGGUAUGCUGUCGUCUUUCCUGUUGGAUUACUUAAAGUUGGAUUUAAGAGCGGUGACAAGAGAGUGCAGCCUCUCAUUGGUCCUGCCUUGUAAAACACCCCCUUGCUACGGUGAGAUUUAGGGCAAAGAUGGACUUUAGGUCUAAUACAUCAGAACACACUUGACACUUAUGCCCAUUGAAUAUUUUAAAUCACUUGAUAAUUUCCCUCACAAAACUCAGCCCUGCUUUACAGCCAAAGUUUAGUAAUAUAUUAUCUCAGGGCCAGUUGGUGUCCAAGACAAGACGGUGACCCCUCUUAUAAAGCAGGAUACGAAAUAUGACUGUAUUGUCUGCAGGCAGACUGCACGGUGACAGUUACAAAAUAAGUGGCAAAUGGGGAAGAAACAGAUGGCUACAAUGUGUUCAGGACCCGCGAGGGAGCUUGAAGCCAUCAAACACACACUUGACACAACCAGUAAACAGU